UGCUAAAACUGAUUCGACGUAUCGUCUAGGCAUAUAUCUACAAUGUUUCUUUUUAAUUCCUCUUCUACACAGAAGUAGACAAUAAUUAAAUUAUUAUACCUAUUAUUUAAAUAUAAAUCGCAAAAUAUUAACAACUGAGAAAUGUCCAAGCUGUUAUUAAUUAUAUUCAGUAUCCUCGGUCGCCUUUGGCAAGUUAAUGGGAUAAAUAAAUAUAAUGACUACACACUCAUACAAAUUACGCCAUAUGACCACAAGCAGCUGAAGACCUUAAUGACGCUCACCGAUUCAGAUGACGUGGACAUAAUGAAACACAGCCACGGUUUGAACGACACUACUGAUGUGUUGGUGUCCCCAAAAGAUCGCAUGAAGGUAGAAAAGUUCGCCAAGUUGAAAGGAAUGAGCGUUAAACUUGUAGAUCAUUAUGGCAGAUAUUUUGACAAGGAGGUGGCACUGAUAAGAAAGCAUGACCACUACCAGUCAUUACAAUAUAAUUCCUACCAAGAUAUAUCAACGCACUUAAAAACUCUCGCAAAAGAAAAUCGCCGCUAUGUAAAACUGCAGAACCUGGGAAGGAGCUACGAAGGUCGAGUAAUAACCCUGAUCAAGAUCUCCACUAACCACAGAGCCCGGAAUCCUAUCAUUUUUCUAGACGCAGGUACCCAUGCAAGAGAGUGGGCAGCCCCUGCAUUUGCGAUGUACAUAAUCGACCAACUAGUGAUGGCGGCAAAGAAACCGACCCACGAAACGGAGUGGCUGCACGGCUUGGACUGGUACAUACUGCCCGUGGUCAACCCUGACGGCUAUGAAUACACGAGAUCCGACCCUGACAACCGUAUGUGGAGAAAGUCAAGAUCGAAAACAUGGAGAAAGGAAUGCUUCGGGGCAGAUAUCAAUCGGAAUUAUGACUUCAUGUGGGGUUACCGCGGCGCUUCUUUCGAUCCCUGCAACUUCCAAACGUACGCCGGUGAAAAGGCUUUCUCUGAACGCGAGACGAGACUAGUUCGCAAAGUAAUGAAGGCUAACUCCAAACGUAUCAAGCUGUACAUAUCUAUACACUCAUACGGGGAGUACUUUGUGUAUCCUUGGGGCUUUACGGGGAGUUAUUUGCCAGAUGAAUGGGAGAGGUUCCAUCGUCUUGCGCAAGUAUAUUCUAAUGCUGUGGUAAAAGCAGGAGGGCGACCGUUUAGGAUCAUGAGUGCUGGGCAAUGGUACCCAGCUGCCGGAGGCAGCGAUGACUACGCUUUUGCGGUGGAAAAGAUUCCAUAUGCAUACACUUUGGAAAUUACUGACGGCUACCAAUUCAACUUUCCAGAGGGACUCUUGCACACAGUUCUGCCACAGUAUUACGAAGGUUUGAAAGUUAUGGCUGAAGAAAUUAAACGGGAUUUUCCCAAUAAAGGCUGAA